UUCCCCGCUCCUGGAAGAAGGUGUCAUUCACCUUUGGACCUCUACCUUGCUAUAUCUCAAGCACAGAAACCUUCACCUACGGAUUGCGCCAAUCUCUGUAACGACUAGCCGGCCGCCUUCACAACCUGCUAUACUGCUAGGUUCAAGUGACUGCCCUUUUAGGCAACAAGUCACCAUUUCUCGUCAACCAAGCACAUAGUGCCUUCCGCAGUAUAAAUGGAUCUCCAACAGUACCUUGCAUGUUCCCCUUCCGCUGACUUUUCACUCUUCGUUCUUCUCCAUAUCUUUCCGCAUUGGUCGCUGUGGGAUUUCCGGCAUAGAAUACGUACCCGUUGAUCCCCCGUCCUGGCAUUCCAGAAAUGUUUCGUCGCGCUUUGCCUCCUUUCCCCCAAUCUGCGCACAGGCACUACAUGCCGCUGACGCUCAUCGGCAGAGGAGGACACGGCCAUGUGGUCCUCUGCCUUCCGAGGUCGGACACCCAGCUGCUUUCUGCGAACCCGAACCAAGCCGUUAGCGCCGGGCGGCGAAAGUUACGCAAGCGGGUUGUGGCUUUGAAGGUAAUGGAAGAAGACCAGCAGAGCAUCGAGCCAACUUGCGACCAUUGGGCGUCAGAUAUACUGCGGCAGAUGAGAAAGCUGGAGCAGGCAGUGCCGCCGGGAGUCGAUUUUGCACCACUGAACACCUCCAUCGGCACUGAGAUCCUGGCGGCAAAGAAGAUCCAGCAAGUAGGAAAGCAAACUGCGCACGUCCAUCAUAGACUCCCGAUUAUCACAGAUGUGCAUGUUGGGUGCGGGCCCUGGUGCUCCUGGUACAGUAUGGAGUACGUCCCCGGUUGUAAACUCAGACAGCUGCUCUUGCAUGACAAACCGCUGCCUGCUUGGCUCAUAGCACAUAUAUUCUUGGAAAUUUUCCAGGGGCUGUGAUGGAUGCGGGAAGCAGGUCUAAGUCAUGGCGACAUUCAUCCAAAUAACGUAAUGCUCUCACUCAAUCCAAACAGCGACACCUUGAAGCUGGCGCUGAUUGAUUUUGGACGGAGUGCAGAAUGGAGCUUGGAAAGAGGCCGUGAGGAUUGCGUGCGAACAAUUGCGCUAAUUCGAGCACUGACAGAGGCGGGAAGAGAGACGCAGGUCGGCUUGGGGUUUGAAAGAGAGGACAGAGAGCCCGAGUUAGGCUAUCUAUGGGCGCGAUGCAAAGGGGGUGCGAAACUGGAAAAGGACUGGACGGCGUGUGGGCGACCUGCGGUGGAUUGGCAGAAACAAUCCGGAGCACGAGAGACGGGUCUUUGUCUAGUGACCUUCGAAAUGAGAUUCAGCGGGGGAAUAGAAGAAACUCAGAGUUGGAGACGUUGAUGGAGAAAGGGGGUGAACGUGUUGAG